AUGCGGGGAUCGGAUCCCACUCAAAAAUCGAUCCCAGCGCAUAUCUUCUUCGUCAAAGGGGCCCACCCAGGGGGCCCCCCUGGGGCCUCCCCCGGGGGCCCCUGGGGGCCCCGUGGAGGCCCCUGGGGGCCCCAGGGGCCCCCUCAGGGGCCAGACAAGCAGCAGCAGCAGCAGCAGCAGCAGAAGGAGCAGCAGCUGCAACAGCAGCAGCGGCAGCAGCAACAGCAGCAACUGAGGCUCCAGGCAGCCGGGCCGCAGCAGCAGCAGCAGCAGCAGCUCCGGCAGCAGAAUGAGCAACAGCAGAAGCGCAGCAGCCCUGCUGCUGCUGCGGCAGCAGCUGCAGCAGCACGUGUCUCUACCCCAGUGUCGAGGCUGCAGCAGCACGCGCAGCCCAGCGCCACGAGCUGGAAGCAGCAGCAGCAGCAGCAGCAGCAGCAGCAGCGGAAGCAGCCCCCAGAGCUUCGCUGCCUCCUUCGUCUCCUCGCCUCGUCACAUGGAGAGUGUCUCUUCUCUGCAGCGCAGCAUGCGCCAAUUACGGAAUCGCUGGCUGUGGGGCGGCCACUGCUGGGGGGCCCCUGGACCCUCGUGGACUCCUCGGGGGCCCUCUGCAGCAGCAGAGACUUUUUAGGGUUUUACCCCCUCAUAUAUUUUGGGUUUAGUUUUUGUCCGGACAUUUGUCCCAAAGAACUUGAAAAACUUGCCCAAGUCGUCGAACUCAUCGACAAAGAGCACGGAGAAGUUGUGCAGCCCAUCUUCAUAACAGUGGACCCUGCAAGAGACACUGUGGCCCAAGUUGCUGCUUACUGCAAAGAGUUCCACCCCAGGCUUGUGGGGCUGACGGGCACCCCGGGUCAAAUAAAAGACGUGACGCGCAAGUUUAGGGUUUAUUUCAACGAGACAGCGAGGACAGGAGAUGAGGAGUAUCUCGUGGACCAUUCUAUCAUACAGUACUUCAUGGGCCUUGACGGGUCUUUCAAGGAUUUCUUUGGCCAAAAUAUGACAGCACGAGAAAUCGCGCAAAAGAUUUCAAGACAUAUAAAAGAAGACAAGCUCAAGAAGAAAGAGAAGAAACGGGCAGCUGAGGCUGAUGAGGACUGA